UCGAAGUCCCAGAGUUUCGUCUUCUGGUUGCGGAACUCCUUCAUGAGAAGACUGGAGCGAAGUAUUAUCACUUGAGACGGGAUGAUUCUAAUAAGACCUACAGGUAAACGUACUUAUCUAGUCACUAUAGUCCUCUGAAGCGUUCAGUUUCGAACCACACCUCGUGACAAUUCAGGUGUUUCACAUAUCCUGGAGCACACGGUCCUCUGUGGUUCUCGGAAAUACCCGGUGCGAGAUCCCUUUUUCAAGAUGCUUCAUCGAAGCCAGGCAAGCUUCAUGAAUGCCCUUACGGGUAGGCAUUAUUUAACUCGAGCAAUAAACCAUCGUGCUAGCAAACGACUGGACAAUGUAUCCUUUCUCCACAAUGAAUGACAAGGACUUUCAAAACCUACUAUCUGUCUACACAGAUGCUGUUUUCAACCCCAAGUUAAACGAGCUGGACUUUAUGUAUUUUCUAUUCUUAUGAUAACACUUUACCUCCAGGCAAGAAGGAUGGCGACUGGAACCCAAGGAUUUGAUGAAUCCAUCUUCAGAACUGACAAUAAAGGGGGUUGUGUUCAAUGAAAUGAAAGGAGUGUUUUCGAAUUCUCUCAACCGCUUUGGUCAAGCAGUUCAAAACAACCUGUUUCCACAUACAUAUGGAUUCGUAAGUGGUGGUCAUCCAGAGAGCAUACCGUCCCUCACCUGGGAUGCUUUGAAAGCGUUCCACAGCUCCUGUUACCAUCCCAGUAAUGCUCUUUUCUACACUUACGGUGACGCCAACCUGGAUUGGUGUUUGGAGUUUUUGGAUAAUGAAUACUUACGACACUAUGAUGCCAUCAAGUUAGAUAAUAAGGUUCAAUUGGAACCUGCGUGGAUAGAACCGCGUACACUCAAUCUCACUUCUGAGGCUGAUCCAAUGGCACCGGAUCCUGACAGACAAUGCAUUGUUUCACUGAGUUAUCGACUGGGCGACAUUCUAGAAACCUAUCCAAACUUUGUUUGUGGUAUUGUUUCCAAGUUGCUGAUCGAUGGGGAUAACGCACCACUCUACCGAGCACUCAUCGAGUCCGGAUACGGUCUGGAUUGGGCUGGUGGAAUUAGCGGUGUGGACCAGUCAACCCGAACUACCAGUUUCCACGUGGGCGUCCAGGGUGUCAAGUGUGACGAGUUGAAUGACUUCUCUGGCCGGACGCGUGAAGUAUUCACGAAAGUGGUUCGUGACGGAUUUCCGAAAGAACGCGUUGAAGCUUUUCUGCAUCAGUACGAACUCGCUGUCCGUCACGAGUCGGCUCGUUUCGGUCUGAAUUUAAUCUUUGGUCUAGCUCACAGCCUUAAUCAUGACGCGGAUCUUCUGGAAAUGUUGCAAAUCGAGAAAAUAAUUCAGCGGUUCCGUGCAGAUCUUGAAGCAAGGCCAACCAUGCUGCAGGACAUUGUUCAGCAGUACUUUCUGGAUAACAAGCACUCGCUACUGACAACAAUGCAGCCAGACGAAUCGUGGAAGGUUGAACAAGCAAAGCGAAGCAAGAUGCUUCUUUCAAAGCUUACCGAAGGCCUGACUGACGCAGAUCGUCAGGUGUGGGCACAAAAAAGCCAAAAAUUGCUCGAACAACAACAGUUGGAGGAAGACCUUUCCUCUCUACCUUGCCUGAGCCUUUUGGACAUCCCAAUGGAGUGUCGUCCGGAACCUUUCACUAUGACACAGACCGACGGAUGUUCAGUUCAGCUAAAUGAAGCCCCUACCAACGGGAUCGUCUAUUUUCACGGAUUGGCCGAUUUAUGCAGCCUUCCAACGGACUUGCUAAUCUAUGUGCCCCUCUUUUGUACUCUCUUUCCCAGAUUGGGUGCAGGUGGUUUAACUUACUCCGAAAUGGAUCAGGCCAUUAAUCUUCACACCGGCGGGCUGGAUGUGACAACCCAUGUUACUCCUUCACUUCCCACCCUUGAACUCCCUGAUAAAAGUCUUAUGAUGUCCACUACACGGCCAAGCAUCCAUCUGUCUGGCUAUUGUCUGACAUCCAAGCUUCCUAAUUUUUUCGAACUGUACUCCAAUCUACUUCAAACUCCAGACUGGCUCGACAAACAGCGUUUGAUGACUUUGAUUCUCAUGUCAGCUUCGGGAGACUGGUCAGCUAACGUUGUCGCUGAUUCUGCUCAUCAUUUUGCCAUGCGGCGCGCUGCAGCCAAUCUAUCAGCGUCUGCUCGAAUAACGGAACUUUGGGAUGGGCUCGAGCAGGCUUCUUUGGUCAAACGAAUCGCAAGCAAAUUGGGCAAAGAUAGUGCGGACUCAGAUAAUGUGCUGUCUGAUCUUACACAGCGCAUGCUAUCCAUUUGGAAGCACAUCAUACAACCGGACCGUUUAAAGUUCAGUUUGCAUGGUGAAUCAGAUGGUCUCUCAUCGAGUCUUCCCCACCUGGAGCAGUUGGUCUCGGCGCUCUCAAAAAUACCCCACGAUAACUGCAUACCCACCGGGGCAGCUGACACCUUGAAUUCUCUCCCCAAGCUACCUCUGAAUUCUUACUUUGCCAUGCCCUUCACAGUCCACUAUGCAGCACAAGCGUUUCGCGCUCCGUCGUACGAUUCUCCGGAGUAUGCGUCGGAGAAAGGUGGCGCAUAUGGCGGGCGAGCCAGUGCAAAGCCAGAAGCUUUGCUAUUUUUCUCCUACCGGGAUCCACAUGCUCGUCGUACCCUCGAUAUAUUCCGGUCGGCACUUGACUGGGCUCGUUCAACUGAGUUCAACACACAGGACAUUGAUGAAGCGAAGCUUGCCGUAUUUCAAGAGCUCGACCAACCCGUCUCAGCUGGAUCGCGUGGGCUAAGACACUUCCUUCAUGGAAUCGAUGAUGACUUACGUCAAACACACCGGAAACAGCUGUUUGCCGUAGAUAGCACAAUGCUUCGUCAGGCAGCUGAGCGCCUAUCUUCAAACGCGCACCUUGCGGGUCGUGCAAUUCUCGGCCCAGAGGAGAGCACAGAUUGGUCGUCGAUCGAUGAAGAUUCCAAUCUCAAGUGGGAACGCAUUGUCAUGCGAGACUGAACCGUCGGUCGUGCUCCACCACUAUCAUAGCCCUCUCCCUACAUGGAGUUCAUUCGUAGAUAUCUUACCUGAGCACGAUUUUGUACAUGUACAUCCUGAAAAAAAUGGCAUGGCUACUGAUCAUCCCUCACACCUGUUAUCGUGGCUUUGGGGCAGUUGCUUUGACUGUUUGUUG